ACAGUCGGUACAAAAUGUAAACAACCCCAUUAUACUUUAGUGCAUUGUUCAAUAUCCUCUUUUUCUUUAAGUUUUUCAAGAAUAUUAAGUAAAAUUCCGUGAAAUAUGGCUUCAGCGUAUGAUACUGUUCAUAAAUAUUCUGUGGGUGAGGUGGAUACGGAAUUUGUAGUGCAUAAAUUCAGCAGCAAACUAUUCGUCGUCGUCACGCAGUUUGGAAAAAUCAAUAACAUUUUCACCAUAUCUAGCGAAAGGAGCUUUGAAAAUGAUUUAUUUGCAAAAUACAACAAACAGCUGAAGAUACAGGGAAAAUUCGGAAAUGAUACUGAUGAAGUUCAAGCUGCGCUGAGAAGAAUAUUCACUGAAGUCGAUGUAAAAGGUCUGGAGAUUGUCGUCUCUUUAGGAUUGAAGGAAAUUAAUCGGGAUAUUCUGGUAGAAGUGACGGAAAUUCUGAAGGAAAUUGUGUCCAGAUACAGCUGAGAUGUUGCCCAUGAGACUAAAAAUAUAUCAUUGAGCAAAAAAUUUGUCUAUGAAUCCUCAAAAACCUCUCGUGAAC